AUGGCGGAGCGUUCUGCUGUGGAGGUGAGGAGCCUGGUGUCUCACCCAGCCGGCUGGCAAUCUCUCCUGUCCUUCACUGUCCUCUUCCUGGCCUGGUUGGCUGGAUUCAGCUCCAGAUUAUUCGCCGUCAUUCGUUUCGAGAGCAUCAUUCAUGAGUUUGACCCGUGGUUUAACUACCGCUCUACACAUUAUCUAGCAUCCCAUGGGUUCUACGAUUUUCUAAACUGGUUUGAUGAAAGAGCAUGGUAUCCUCUGGGAAGAAUUGUCGGAGGAACGGUAUAUCCUGGCUUGAUGGUUACAGCAGGCUGUAUACACUGGAUUUUGAAUACACUUCAUAUAACAGUCCACAUCCGGGAUGUCUGUGUCUUUCUAGCUCCAGUGUUCAGUGGUCUUACGUCAAUAUCAACAUUUCUUCUCACUAAGGAGCUGUGGAAUCAAGGGGCAGGACUACUUGCUGCUUGUUUCAUCGCCAUUGUACCGGGCUAUAUAUCACGAUCAGUGGCAGGCUCAUUCGAUAAUGAAGGAAUAGCUAUUUUUGCAUUACAAUUCACAUACUACCUGUGGGUCAAAUCUGUAAAAACUGGCUCAGUUUUCUGGACAAUAUGUUGCUGCUUGUCCUACUUCUAUAUGGUGUCUGCAUGGGGUGGUUACGUGUUUAUUAUCAACCUUAUUCCACUGCAUGUGUUUGUAUUGCUACUGAUGCAGAGGUUCAGCAGAAGGAUCUAUAUAGCUUACAGCACCUUCUACAUCGUGGGCUUAAUAUUAUCAAUGCAAGUACCAUUUGUGGGGUUUCAACCAAUUCGAACCAGUGAACACAUGGCAGCAGCAGGUGUAUUUGCCCUGAUGCAAGCUUAUGCCUUCUUACAGUAUCUGAGAGACAGGCUGACGAAGCAGGAGUUCCAGACACUCUUUUUCUUGGGGGUGUCUCUUGCUGCUGGAGUUGUAUUUCUGAGUGUUAUUUAUUUAACUUACACUGGCUAUAUUGCCCCGUGGAGUGGGAGAUUUUAUUCACUCUGGGAUACAGGGUACGCAAAAAUCCAUAUUCCCAUCAUUGCUUCUGUAUCUGAACAUCAGCCGACAACAUGGGUUUCCUUCUUUUUUGACCUUCACAUACUGGUCUGCACUUUCCCAGCCGGCCUGUGGUUCUGCAUCAAAAACAUUAAUGAUGAACGAGUAUUUGUUGCCCUUUAUGCAAUCAGUGCUGUUUACUUUGCCGGAGUUAUGGUGCGUCUGAUGCUGACUCUCACCCCAGUUGUCUGCAUGCUGUCUGCCAUUGCAUUCUCCAAUGUAUUUGAACACUAUCUCGGUGAUGACACACAGAGGGAAAGUCCACCUGUUGAGGACAGCAGUGAUGAGGAUGACAAGAGGAAUUCUGGAAAUCUCUAUGACAAGGCUGGCAAGGUGAGAAAGCAUGUAUCUGAACAAGAAAACACUGAAGAGGGACUUGGUCCAAAUAUCAAGAGUAUUGUUACUAUGCUGAUGCUAAUGUUACUGAUGAUGUUUGCUGUACACUGCACCUGGGUGACAAGCAACGCAUACUCUAGCCCAAGUGUGGUCCUGGCAUCUUACAAUCAUGAUGGGACACGUAAUAUCCUUGAUGAUUUCCGUGAAGCAUAUUAUUGGUUGCGACAAAAUACAGAUGAACAUGUUCGAGUGAUGUCUUGGUGGGAUUAUGGUUAUCAGAUUGCUGGAAUGGCUAAUCGGACAACUCUGGUAGAUAAUAAUACAUGGAACAACAGCCAUAUUGCACUGGUCGGAAAAGCAAUGUCUUCGAAUGAGAGCGCAGCCUACCAGAUAAUGCGAAGUCUAGAUGUGGACUAUGUGCUUAUCAUCUUUGGUGGUGUGAUUGGAUAUUCUGGUGAUGAUAUCAACAAGUUCCUUUGGAUGGUCAGGAUAGCAGAAGGCGAGCAUCCAAAGGACAUCCGAGAAAGUGACUACUUCACGCCGCAAGGAGAAUUCCUUGUGAGCAAGGCUGGCUCUCCAACUUUACUAAACUGUCUCAUGUACAAGAUGUCCUACUACAGAUUUGGAGAGAUGCAGCUGGAUUUCAGAACACCACCAGGAUUCGAUCGCACCAGAAACGCUGAAAUUGGAAACAAAGAUAUCAAGUUCAAACAUUUGGAAGAAGCCUUCACCUCAGAGCACUGGCUCGUGAGGAUUUACAAAGUGAAAAAGUUGGACAACAGAGAAAAACUUGACCAUAAAAUAAGAGUAACUAACAUAGUGCCCAAACAGAAGUAUUUAUCAAAAAAGACCUCUAAAAGAAAGCGUGGGUAUGUGAAGAACAAACUGACACUGAAGAAAGGCAAGCGAUCCACCAACAGGAAGACAAACUAAAGCAUCGGCAAGCCCUGACAACAUGCAGUUGUCCUUAUGACAACCCGUCUUUGCCUUCUACCUACAAUCGGAUUCUGCUGCAGCACAGGGUUGCAUGCAUUGCUCCAGAGAUUCAGACAGUGUCUGAGCCCCUUAAACCUAUUGGUUGUUUAUUGACACCUGUUUUUAGAGCCAUAUUUGAUUGUGUUGGCAAGGCAGACAGCUGCUGUCCAGGGGUAGCAGCAGAAUUCUUAUUAGUACAUAUUAUCCUUCAUUUAAAUUUUUUUUAAAAAAAGAAAGUGGGCUAACUGCACCAAAGAACCCUACUGUUAAUUAUUGCCAGCACAUGUGUACUGCCAAAUCAUUUGAAAGUGGCAAUAAUGAAUGAUUCACUGUUUACUUUAGCUGGAACGUGGUUGAUUAUCAGAUGCAGGCGGUUAAUGAAUGAUGAGGUAAAUUGAGCAUGAAGCACAGAAUUUGGACAGGUUGGUUUGUCUCUAGCUCUACGUACACAGCCUGUUCCUAACACAGUUAUUACUGUUUGUUGGAGUAAAAUGUGGGAAGGAGACUAGAGGAUCUGCCACUAUCCUUAUUCCUUGAUUUUUUUAUUUCCUUUCACUUGAAAAUAGUCAAUGAGUUAGAAGAUUUCUGUUUGAUUUGGGGUGGUCAGGGAUUUAUAAUCAAAUAAGAGAGCCAAGAGGACCAACAUUUUGGACUGCAGAAUGUUGGCAGUUACACAUGUGCUUUUAUGCUAUCUAAAAUAUGAGGAUUUUCAUCUAGCUACAGAUGUGUUCGUUUUAAUUCCAGUAUGUACCUUCCCAUUUCUUACUUGUGCUUUCUCCAUAUACUUGCCUUUUAAAGAACAAUAAGUUUCUUAAUGAGUAAAAGCUACUCAUUUCAUACAUAGGGUUGUAAAAAUUUGGUUAGACAAGUUUCUUUUUUUAAAAAAAAUGUGAACAAUUCUAUAAGAAUCAAUGCACUAUUUGAAAAAUCUGAGGUAGACAAAUCUUUUCAUUGGUAUUGCCCCCUUUUUUCAUUGUUUUCUUCCUGUAGAUAAAUCCCAGUCUUGAUACAACUAUUUGAAAAGUUCCUUUACUGAGAUGACCAGUGAAUAAUGAAGACUCUCAGAUGAUUCACGCUCUUAAAGUUAGUUGAUGUUUCCCUUUCUUUCUGCAAGAAUUAACAUUGCAAUUUUAUAUGUAUGCAGCUCUUUUCAAUGCAAAAUAAAAACUUGCUGCAGAAACUAUUGGUGUAAAAAAAAAAAUUAAAGAAUACUAUGUACCGUAUUUUGGAAACAUUUGUAAAUUAAACUGUGCAGUAUAUGCCUUAUUGCUGCUUCUGGAUUGUGGUUUUUCUUUCAAUUUUUUGAUUGAGGGGUGAGAGGGCUACUUUUCCUACCCUUUUUUUUUUUUGCAUUAUUUCGUACUUAUAGUGACUACUAGUCUCUGUGAUCCAAAGUAAACAAAAAUUAUGACUGCGUAUAAUACUUGACGGAAGGAUUGGGCACAGGAAAGUCAUUUUUACAUUAUUGCUUACAGUUUUCAGUACAGAUCUGUUCAACUGUAGCCGAAAUAAAUGUUAAAUUGAA